UUUAUAUGCGAAAGUCGCGGAAAUAAAACUUUAUACACAAAAUAAAACGUUCACGAGUUUUAUACGUUUUUGGACGCGAUUCAGAUCAUUUUUUCGUGUAGUUUCGCAUUUCUAUCGCUGCAUGUGAUUUGCAUACAGCUUUGCUGCAUCCAUCGCUGGAAAUUUGUCGUAGCUCCGCCGUGGGAAGAGACGUUGACCCUCAGCCAUCGGUCGCCCAAUCAACGCCGCAACGUCUGCAUCGCCAAUCACCACACCGCCGCCACCUUUGGGUCGCCAGUACACCGACCAGCCUCCGCCGCCGCAAAAUUUGCCCCGCCGCCUUCGCCGAUCAUCUCAGUUGAUCGCUUGGAGCAACCCUAUUUGCCUAAGGAAAGCUUGUGCCCCGCCAUUUGGUCUAUCUGCGCCAGCAGACCCCGAACCAGCUGGAAGUAAAAUAAAAAAUCCCUUUGUAAACCAUGGAUCACGAUGAGGCACCUCAGCCAGCACCGCGAAUGUUCCUAAAGUCGCAGAUUGGAACCACCCACAACAUACGUUCAGCGAAUCAUCCCACGGAGGAUUAUAAGCGGUGCCGAUUGUGCGCCGGUCAUCAUGCGCUCCGAGUAUGUCCAGCGUUCUUAGGCGUACAGCCACAGCAGCGCUUCUUACUGGCAAGGGCGCACAAGUACUGCACUAACUGCCUGGCGCUUUCGCAUCCGACCGCCCAGUUCACGUCCACUACCACUUGCCGCAUUUGCUCCCUACAGCAUCAUACACUACUGCACCGGAAUGGUGCACCGGCAGCCCGCCGCACGAGGGCGAACUCCGCAGUGCAGCACUCCAAACGCCUCGACCAGACAAACAAAAACGCUCCCCAACGUGGGGAUCAGGGCGUACAUCACCGCGAUACAACCACAUCAGACACCAUCCCACCAGCGGGAACCGUAAAGUCCGCAGCAAGGCUACCAAAAUUUUGGUUCACGAGGCAAUGAGGGCUCUACGGGAGCUGAAGGAUGCACUACCCGCUUAACGCGGCCAGGGCCGGGAGGAUGGCUACGCGAGAACUGCAACACUUAUAUUUAAUUAACUCAAUUUGUAGCUAGCUUACUAGUGUGCAUUUCACUUUGAAUUUUGUAUCUCUUGAAUUUUGUAUCUUUUGAAUUUGUAUUUUGAACUACCUCUGGUGUGCACCCUUUGUAAGCUUAUCUUAGGAGUGGUUGGCAACGCAUGUAUGUAUAUAUAUGUUUUGCAUUUUUGAGAGCUACUAUUCCUUUUUAUAUACUCGUUUGAUAGAAAAGUUGCAGUGCUCGUGCGCGAAUAAAUUAAAUCUUUAAUCUUGUAUUGAAUUAUCAAAUUUUAUAUUCGAAAGUCGCGGAAA